CACAUGUGUGUUUUUUAGUUCAGUCACAAAGAAAACGUCGAAAGAAUAGCAGGCAUUAAAUACUGAGGAGUGAAUAAAAGCUAAAGUUAAAUUUGUUGUAACGGUUAAUUACACUUGAGUGUUUUAAGAUAAGAAACAUUCAUAAAAAUGGAUUGUGGAACAACAUUGGUGAAGUACAUUCUCUUCAUAUUCAAUACUCUGGUGUCGAUUCUCGGCAUUUUGGCUAUUGUCUAUGGCGUGAUUGUUUUGAAUAGCAUUGGUAUGAUUGAAGUUGACAAUCAAGUAGGUUUCCCACCACAGGCGGCUGUACCAAUCUGCCUAAUCACAAUUGGUUCAAUUGUGGUAUUCAUUUCAUUCUUGGGCUGUUGUGGUGCCAUUCGUGAAGAUGUCUGCAUGACCAUGUGCUAUGCUGUGUUCAUGUUAAUUUUACUCAUUCUUCAAUUGGUUUUGGUUGUUUUGCUGUGGACCAACAAGGAUAAAAUUACCACUGUUAUGGGCGAGGUUAUCGAUCGGGCAUGGGAACGUGAGGCCAGAGAAACUGGUGUCUUUGAAGCCUUCCAAAAAUCUUUCAAAUGCUGCGGUUCUAAUGGAUUCACUGAUUAUGCUCUCAUUUUGAAAUUGCCAACUGACAGCUGCUGUGAUGCCGGUAGCACAUGCACUCCUCUCAAUUACUAUGGCGGUUGCAAAGAAAAGUUUGUUAGUUUCAUGUCUGGCAGCACCGACAAUGCUAAAUACUUUGGUCUUGGUUUAAUUGCUAUAGAGCUCGUUGGUUUCAUCUUUGCCUGUUGCCUGGCCAACAAUGUGCGCAACUAUAAGCGACGAAAUGCUUAUUAAAUGUUUUGUAACUACAACAAAAUUGAAAAAAAAAAUAAUAAUCUCAAUCAUAAAGAAAACAUUUAAAUAAAAUCCCCUCUGCAUAUUUUUCUUUUCUUUUUCGAAAUACAUAUUUAAAAGCACAUACAUACAAAUGUAAUUUUCCAAUAUUAUAAAAAAACGUACAAUUUAAGAAUGAAAUAAGAAUCAAAUGAAUCAACAAUUACCUGCUGUUACAUUUGUAAAACAAACAAAAACAAAAAUUGUAAUUGUAGUUUUAAGUAAGAAACAAAUCGAAUGAAUGAAUGAAUUAUAAAAGAUGUUACAAAAUCCAAUUUAACUUUAGUGUUUAAAAAUGUUUUAUUACUUUUUUUUAUAUAUUAUAUAAAUAUUUAAAUACAUACUACAAACGUACAAUAUAAACUAAAA